AUGACCAUCACCUACUCAAGCCUGGCUAACGCCUGCUUAGGCUGCUCUGCCUGUGUGCUGCCGUGCUGAGGCGGCAUCUACAAGCUGCUGCUCUGUGCAGCUUCCUGCUCAUGCUACACCUUCCACUUCAUUUACAAGAUGGCUCUUACUGAUGAGCAGCACGUGAUGUUCGAGCAGCUGACGCAUUGCAACAGCUACCCCCAGCCCAUUCCCAUUUCCUUCCUGCUGGGCGAGCGCCCCCUUCCGCGUGUCGGUCUGGGGGCUCCAGGCUCCAGACUGGCGGACCCCCGGAGCAAGCUGGGGAAGGCCAGUGGCAUGUCAGUGCCUCUCGCUCCCCGCCCCUCCUGCUGGUGGAACCUGUCCGAGCACCUGCCCUGGCCCGACGGCCUCACGAACUUGGCGUCGAGCCUCAUAGAGGACAGGACGAGCCCGGUUUUGUGUGCGGAGCACGCUCCCAGACUACGCCAACCUGGCACAGGACGCAUUCUGCACAGCAGGGCCGGCGCCGCUGGCGCCAAGCGCUUUCCCAGUUCCCAGCAUUCGGUGAAAGUAGAAAAGUUCAGCUUGCCACCCAACAUGUUCUGGGUGCCUUGGAUGUAGUUUGCCAACCUGCCACUGAAAGCAUGAAUUGGAGGUCAAGUCCGGGACUCGGUCCUGCUCCAGAGCCUGCUGGGGGAGAUGAACACCUUGCAUACUCAGUGUGGACAGUUGUAUGCCUACCACUGGAUCAGUGUCCCACCAGUGUACAUGCAACUGGUGAGCAUGGUGGUGUACAUUUCCUUUCCGCGCCUGAUCGGGUGGCAGUUCCUGGAUGCAGCCAAGGCCUACCCUGGCCGUGAGCUAGACCUUGCGCUACCUGCCUUCACGGUCCUGCAGUUCUAUGCUGGCUGAAGGUUCCCCAAGGUGGCAGAGCAGCUCAUCAACCCAUUUGGAGAGGAUGAUGCUGACUUUGAGAUUAACUGGAUUGACAGGAGCUUGCAGGUGUCCCUGUUGGCUGUGAACGAGAUGCACCAGGACCUGCCCCCGAUGGAGAGGGACAUGCACUGGAAUGAGCUAGAACCAUAUCCCCCCUGCACAGCCGCUUUUGCCCAGUCUCACCGACCCUUCUUUUUAGGCUUCACCUUCAACAUCAAGUGGUCGGCACAAGGACAGAUGUUUCAGCCAAAUCAGGAGGAGCAGGAGAGUCACACGGGCAUCUGUGGCCGCUUCCUAGGGCUGCAGUCCCAUGGCCACCAUCCUCUCAGGACAAACUCGAAGAGCACCAGCGGCCCAAGAAAGAAGUCCCUUCUCCACGAGGGCAAGCCCAAGAACCUUGGGGGAACCGGACACAAGCCUUGGGACCAGGAAGACAGCAAGGCCUGGGAGCUUACGGAGGAGGAUGCCUUCAAGUCCGCUGCAUUGUGUGGGAGGUCAGGCUACGGUGCCCCAGCCACCCCUCAGCCCCACCCUGUGGUCUUCCCACCCGGAGGUCCCAGCGCCCUCAGGUCCAGGCAGAGCCUCAGGCAGGGAUGGCACUGUCAAAGGCCAAAGCCUAUACCACCUGUGGCUCCUGGGACUCGAAGUCUGAAUUGCUCCCACAGUGCUGGGGCCUCAGCGGAGCACCCAGAAUUGGGUCACAUGAAGAAAACUCGUUUAACCUGA